CGAGACCAUCGUAUUUUUCACUAUUAAUAAUCAAUUCAUCAUCAUACCCAAUAGGUAUUGGCGGUCACCAACAUUCACUUCCACCCUUCUACUUAUAAACUUCCUUAUAUUUAGCAUACUAUUACAUAUAUAAUAACACAAGAAAUAACAGGUUAAAUAAAAAUGAAGACCGCAAUUUUUGCCGCAGGAUGCUUUUGGGGUGUUCAAGAAGUGUUUUUGAGAAAGUAUGUACCUGCAGCUGCCAUUCUGAAAACUUCUGUCGGAUAUAUUGGAGGCAUGACUGAUCAUCCUACAUAUAAACAAGUUUGCACAAAUAGCACUGGCCAUGCUGAAGCACUGAAGGUUGAUUUUGAUGAGAACUUGACCUCCUACGAGAAAAUCGUUGAGUUUUUCUUCGCCAUGCACGACCCAACUACCGUUGAUAGACAAGGCAAUGAUGUUGGAACCCAGUACCGCUCUGUGAUUUUUACUACUGCUCCUGAACAAGAAGGCGUCGCAAAGAAGGUGUUGAAUGAGGUGCAAGAGAAGCAUUUUCCUGAAAAGAAAAUUGUAACCCAAAUUGUUCCUUCAGGGAAGUGGUGGGAUGCUGAAGAAUAUCAUCAACAAUACCUCGACAAGAACCCUGACGGAUAUCGCUGUAGUUCUCACUUCCUUCGCUGGAAUCCAUUCGCUUAAAUUAAUUAGUAUGGAUUUCGGUAACACACAGGGACAUCAUAAUCAUUGCUAUGAGAAUGAGGUUGAACGCUCUGUGAAAAGGACAAACGCCGUUACACUCAUUAUCAAAUCAAUAAGAUUGGGGAAUUUAAAAGAGAUAAGUAAAUGUCCAACGUUUUGGUUCAACUAGUAGUUUUUUCAUCUGUCGCCUGUAAUUCAUCUGGCUUAUAAAUAAAUGACAAAAGAGACUCCAAAUUUGUGAGCACAUUUUUUGAAAUACCC